AUGGUUUCCGCAAAGAAGCACGUCCCUAUCGUGAAGAAGCGCACCAAGACCUUCAGCCGUCACCAGAGUGACCGGUUCAAGUGUCUGUCGUCCAAAUGGCGCAAGCCCAAGGGUAUCGACAACCGUGUCCGAAGACGAUUCAAGGGUAACCAGGUCAUGCCCUCGAUCGGUUUCGGCUCCAACAAGAAGACCCGCCACAUGACCCCCUCCGGCCACAAGGCCUUCCUCGUCAGCAACACCAACGACGUUGAGCUGCUGCUCAUGCACAACAAGACCUUCGCCGCAGAGAUCGCACACAACGUCUCCUCGCGAAAGAGAAUCGAUAUCAUUGCGCGCGCGAAGCAACUAGGAGUCAAGGUCACAAACCCGAAGGCGAAGGUCACGACGGAGGUGUAA